CCUCUGAUUGCAGUGUCACGCUUCACUAUUCUUAUUGGAUUGUUAGAUUGCUCUGGAUUGUUUCCUCGGGACGUUCACAAUAAGGUUAAAAUAUCAAACACAUCUCAUGACACCAAUCCAAAAGGAGCGGGGUUUAUCAGGGGGGACCUGGAGCAUUAAUUUCCCCACCCAUUUAACUCCCCACCUAUUGUUUAUAUGUUAAAAACUGAAGAAUUCAGCUCAGUGGAAAAAGCGUUUGUUGAUGGUGCAAUGUUGUGGUUUGCGAUGUAUUGCUGGUAUAUCGGCUAAAAUAUAGAUGCGUCAAUCUUUUUCCAAUCGUAUUUUUGCCCAUUCGGUUAGUUUUAGCUGAUAUUUGAAUCAUCACAACAGCGUUGGCUGGCCUGGACAAAAUGAGCAGAAAACAGCAUCAUUUUAAAGGAGCAGAGGUCAGCUGCUGUGUUAAAUACUUCUUAUUCGGAUUCAACAUCAUAUUUUGGUUGCUGGGAGCUGCAUUCCUGGGUAUUGGACUUUGGGCCUGGGCAGAAAAGGGAGUGCUGUCAAACAUUUCCUCCAUCACAGAUCUGGGCGGCUUCGACCCUGUUUGGCUGUUCAUCGUAGUAGGAGGGGUGAUGUUCAUCCUCGGAUUUGCCGGAUGCAUCGGUGCGCUCCGGGAAAACACGUUUCUACUCAAAUUUUUUUCAGUGUUUUUGGGCCUCAUCUUUUUCCUGGAGCUCACAGCUGGCAUUUUAGCCUUCGUGUUUAAAGACUGGAUCAAAGACCAGCUGAACUUCUUCAUCAACAACAAUGUUAAAGCAUAUCGGGAUGACAUUGACCUCCAAAACCUCAUUGACUUUGCUCAAGAAUAUUGGUCGUGUUGUGGUGCUCAUGGACCGAAUGACUGGAACCUGAACAUCUAUUUCAACUGUACCGACUUUAACCCCAGCCGGGAAAGGUGUGGUGUUCCCUUCUCCUGUUGCGUCAAAGACCCUGCUGAGGAUGUCCUGAAUACACAGUGUGGCUAUGAUGUGCGGCUUCAAGGGGAGUUGGAUCAGCAGAAGUAUAUUUACACCAAGGGCUGCGUGGGGCAGUUUGAAAAGUGGCUACAGGACAAUCUGAUCAUUGUUGCUGGGAUUUUUGUGGGGAUUGCAUUAUUACAGAUUUUUGGGAUAUGUCUGGCUCAGAACCUGGUGAGUGACAUCAGAGCGGUCAAAGCCAACUGGUGACCCUUUGCAGAGGUCGACAGCUGACAGUGACCUUCAUGGCAGAGAGCUAAUUACAAAUCAGCACUGUUUACACACCAUUGAGCUGGGAAACUCUGCCCUUUUAACCUUAUGGACAUUGUAUGUUGGCUGACUUUCCAUCUAUGUAUUUUUUUUUCUUUCUUUUUUUGUGAAUCCUUAUUUGAAAACAAGCUCUUAUGGAGGCUAUCCAGAUGGAGCUUAAUGUGAGAUGUCACACCGAGAUCAAGCUAUCUGCGAUCUCCCAGCCGUCUCUUGAUCGAACACUAUUUUCGUUUGCCCUUAUUAAAAUGAUAACCAGACUCUCCUUCGCAUUGGUGAAUAAUGUCAAGCAGAGGGUGUUUUCAUUAACCUGUGGAUGACUUGCUUUGGAGAAACACAAAAAUCAACCACUGAGACUUUAAACAGAGGAGCCAUGAACUAAAAAAAGCCUUACAGCAGUACAUUUCUCUAUACACUUGCGUGGAUUCAGCUUUUUACACAACAUUCUGUCAGUCAUUCGAGCCGGUGGACAGUUGGACACUUACCUCUUAUUGGCUCUCUGUUGCACAGAGUAGCCAAUCAGAACAAUGUACUUGAUAACUACACGUAUGCAUUUAUUUUUGUGAGUUCUACCACUACUGUUGGGGAGGCCUGUUAUUUGUCUAUAUUUUAUUUUCAUUUUCUCUUGGCUGUCUCUGUGGCAAAAGAGUAUGAAUUGACUUUCCCAGACUAGCUUAUGAAUCUUUUUGUUUUUGCUUCUCUGCUAGAUAGUGAUAUGCUAUAGUGACACUAAUAAUGUAUUAUUAUAAAUAUGCUGCUGCUUUAACUCAUAAAAGAUAUACAUCGCUAUACUAACCAACUGAACUUUUUAUAGAAAUCAUGAGGUAUACAUUCCCUCUGGGAAACUUCAGAUCACGCAGAGUGCUUUGAGAAACAAGUCGGACGUGAGUGCACAUGAAGUGGACAGAUUGAAUUAGCCGUGCGUAUGAUCACAUGCCUUAUUGAGCCCUAUAGAGAUGGUAGCAGAAGCCUCCGGCAGUUGCGCAGCACAUGGACCUUUAGAAUGGCUUUAUUUACUAUUCAGUCUCCAUUGCUUUGACCUGCACGACACAUUUAAUCAUCUAUAAAAAAAUGCAUGGCAAUGCAGACCUCUUUAAACACAUGCACACAUUUAAUGUGUGUCCACCCCAUGAUGACUACCAUACCAGUGCGUUUUCACCUAGCUGUGUUCAGAAGGUGUCUGCAUUGACUCAUGACCUUAAAGCUAAUAAUGUGCAAAGUAAGAUAAAUGAUGUACUGCGUAUGUAGAACGUGCUCGGAUGGUUUUAGCAAUGUUGGCAGACUGAACUAAAUCAUCUGUUUGAAGGGUCUAUAUAACCUGUGUUGUCAGAGCGAAUAGUAAAAUGUGAGAUUUCUCUUCUGUGGUCUUUUUGGGAGAUUCGGGAGGGGGUUGCUGACUCCUGCUUGUGUAUAUUAGAGGCACUUUUUAUGCAGAUACAAAACAGAUUAUAUGCUAAAUGAUGUUUAGUCCCCUUUUUGAGGACCCAAAUGGAUGACUCCCAUAUAAACCUAUUAAAAACAUGUCUAGGUUGCAUUUCUGUGUCCUACAUAAAGGAAAAAGUGGAGUUUACUAAAGAAAAUGAGGCACAUUUACCUCCACCCACACACACACACAAAGUUUUCAUAACCAUGAUGACAAAAAAAUCACUAUAUAUAAAAAGGUAAAUUAUUUAAAUAUAUAAUGAUCAUUUUUGUUGUACUGCCUUUGGUGAUUUUAAUUUAAAAAAUAAUUGUAUUUAUGUAAUACAGAAAAAUGACAAGAAGCUAAUGUAAUCUAAUUAAAUUAAAAUAAUCUCAAAAAUAAAACUCCAGAGGCUAUAUGGUAAUGAGAAUCUAAGAGGAAAUGAAAACAAAAAGCUAAGCAACACUUUUUUAAAUAUAUAUAUUCUAGGGCGAAAUGCAACAUGGACAUGUAUUUUGAUAGAAACAAAUAAAGCGUUUAUUAUCGCUCUCCCUCUCAUUUUCGUCAUCAUGCAAUGGGCUUUUUUUUUCUUUUGAUAUUUGACUUUUUUUUUUUUUUUUUUUUUUUUUCGAAACAAAGAACUCUAACAUUCCCUUUUGAGGGAGCCUCUUGCAUAUCAUGAAUGUAAAAAUCAUCUCUUACUAAUGUUAUGUCAUAUAUAACUUACCCUUCAAAGUGCAAUGCACAAACAUAUAUGUGAAUAAUCUUUACAAAAUAAAUUAAUGUUUGUCUGACUGUAGGCACACAACUGAAAAACAUUGCAAAUCUGUGUUCGUGUAGUGAAUUAGACAUUCCUUGUGCAUGCAUUGGCUUAAUUUUUUUAUGAAGUGCAUUAUGCAUUUCUGCAGUUUUUGUGUGCUGGUUCAUCAGAAACAGUUUUUGAUGAUUGGUAUUUAAACCAUUGAGCCUUUUUGCUGGCUUUUCUCUGUACCAGCUGUGGUAGUUUGUACAUUACAGUCAUUGGAAAUGAAGCACAGUUUUAUCAGAGCAGCUGAAGUUUCUAGAACAGUUGUACAGAACAGUUCUGCGUGGAUUGUGAAUGCAUAUCAAUAUAGUUUUUGAACGAUUUAAAGAUGUCUUGAUCUUUUCCCGACUUAAUGCUUGACAUCACACUUGUCACUUUUAAUGCGCUUUGAGGUAUCAAUUGCGAAAGCCUUUAAUUUUUAUUUUAUUUGUUUUGUUUACAUUCCCAUACACAUCUUCACAGAAAUGUUUGGACUCUACCUCAUCAUGGAGAAAUGACUUCAAUCGUAGUUACUUAGGGAGUCGUAACUCUAAUGCAGCCGUCGUGAACAUUUUUAGAAGAGUUGCAAAAAACCCAGCUUUAAGUAUCUUCAACACCAAUAAGGGUUGCAGGUUGUCCUUCACAGUCUCAGCUUUUAUUUAGAUGCUUUUAGGCAAACUUUUCUUGACAUACUAAUGUUGAUUUCAUAUUUGAAUGGGUUGUUGUUGUUUAAACUUACCCAGAGCCAUUAUGAGCAGCACUAUUUCAGUACUCUGGUUCAUGCAAACAAUUGGUUCUCAGCUGUAAUCGGAUCAAAUUGAAGACUAGUUUAUUGACUUAGUGUUCAUUAUCUGAUAAUAUCAUAUUAGAAUAACUCAAAACACCAUCUUAAACUGGAUAAUGAAUAUUGCACUUGCAGACCUAAGGCAUUUCCUAUGCUCUCCAUUAUGAGUCGAUGAUUAUACAACCUAAAAUAACACUCAUACUUAAUGUGGAUUUCAUUCUCUGUUAAAGAAGAAAAUUAUAGAAAAUUAUGAUCGUAUUUGGAAUCAUCCACUGUGUUGCGGUAGUUUUGUUUUAUUUGAUGUUUUUUGUAAUUCUUGUCCAAAGGUCCAUGUAUUGGGGGCAUCCAAAAAUGGACUUUUCUUGUGGGAGAUGGUCUGUUACACUGUAUACUAUGAUACAAGAUAUGCUUUUUCUUUUUCAUAAUAAAAUGGAUUUAUGACA